AUGCCGGUUUAUAAGGAGGGGUUGAACGCAGUCAUCAGGCCAACUGUCGUAUCUCUGAAAGGCGCUAUAUCGACAUAUGAGAUGCAAGGAGGGACAGCCAACAUUUUCGUGAACGACGACGGUAUGCAGCUUGUUUCUGACGAUGAGGCGGCUGCACGACGAGACUUCUACGACGAGCAUAACAUCGGCUGGGUUGCUCGGCCUAAGCAUAACGAUAAGCCUGAGGAUGGCGAGAAGAAGUUCCUUCGUCGCGGCAAGUUCAAGAAGGCAUCAAACAUGAAUUAUGCGCUGCACGUAUCCAAUCGUGUCGAGGAGAAACUGCAACAGAUCCAUCGAGGAGCGAAGUGGGAUCAAGAGGCUGAGUAUGGCGCAUACUACCAGUGCCUCGCCGACAUCCUGCAAGAAGAUGAAGGCCGGACUUGGGCGGAGGGUAAUAUUCGGGUGGGAGACUACAUCCUUAUCAUUGACUCGGACACCCGCGUGCCAAAGGACUGCCUGCUUGAUGCUGUUAGCGAGAUGGAGCAAUCACCAGACGUAGCCUUGAUCCAAUUCAGCUCUGGAGUCAUGAAUGUCUCGGAAUCAUUCUUCGAAAAGGGCGUUACAUGGUUCACCAAUCUCAUCUAUUCAGCAAUCACCUUUGCUGUGGCUUCGGGUGAUGCUUGCCCGUUUGUCGGCCACAAUGCACUUCUUCGAUGGCAAGCGAUCCAGGAGGCUGCAGCGUAUGAGGAUGAAGACGGCUAUGAGAAGUACUGGUCCGAGUCUCACGUGUCCGAAGAUUUCGACAUGGCUCUUCGUCUCCAAGUUGCCGGGUACUCGCUUCGGUACGCCGCCUACACGGGGGAUGGCUUCAAGGAAGGAGUCAGCCUGACUGUAUACGAUGAGCUGGCACGAUGGGAGAAAUAUGCGUACGGGUGCAACGAGCUUCUCUUUCACCCUUUCCGAUUUUGGAUUGUCAGAGGACCUUUCACGAAGCUCUUUAGACAGUUCAUCUUCUCGUCGAUCCCAUUCCCUAAGAAGGUAACAAUCUGUGCUUAUAUCGGGACAUACUACGCUAUCGCAUCAGCCUGGUUACUCACCUUGAUGAACUACUUCCUCACCGGAUGGUUCUUUGGCAUAUACGACAAAUAUUAUAUUGACUCCUUUGCCAUUUACUUCGGUAUUAUUACUGUUUUCACGGCACUGGGCAAUGUCGCCCUGGCUGUCCUUCGAUACCGGUUGAGCGAGAAAUCCCUGCUUGGAGCUUUCCUUGAAAACCUGACAUGGAUUCCUAUGUUCACCAUCUUUCUUGGUGGCGUAUCGUUGCACGUUUCACAAGCCAUCCUCAGCCAUUUCUUCGAGAUCGACAUGGUUUGGGGUGCGACAGCCAAGGAGGUUGAGGAGGUGAACUUUGGUGAGGAGAUGGUUCGCAUCCUGAAGAAGUUCAAGGGAACUUUCGUUUUCUGUUUCCUCGCAACUGGACUGAUGGUUUCCGCCUUCUAUGUCUUCCCCGUGCAGUGGCGGAUCACCACGUUCUCUUCGAUCUACCCAUUUGCCUCAGUGGUGGCUUCUCAUUUCUUACUACCGGUCAUUCUGAAUCCCGCCUUAAUGAUGUUUAGUUGGUAA